AUGACGGGCCUGUUGCUUCCGCCUUUCUUCACGCCUGCAACUCUGUUCAUAGUCGAGGGCACCAACGUCGAAAAUAUCAUCGCAGCCAUGCCGCAUCCAUCUAUCGCAAACGCCAGCGAAGCGCAUCGAUAUACCUACUCACCGCCCAGUCGGCCCGGUACGACACAGUACUUUGAUGACAAGAACCGGAUAUUUACUGGACCAAGGACCGUUAUGAAUCUCUUGGCUACUGCUACUUCAUCCCUUGGUGAGAUACUACCGCUGGAUCUGCCGUUCAACAAUUCCGCUUACGCCGUCGGUUUCUAUGCUCCGGUAAUCAGAUGCAGCCAGGCCAAUGAGACGGAAGAGCAUGCUAUCGACGCUUUCCUGCAAGAGGAAAUGGCAACAGUGGGUGGUACACUCAUAGAGACGGAUAAUGCGUACUUCAGCUUCGUGCCAACUCAUAAUAGCACUGGAGGCCUUACAGCAGUUUCGCAUCCUCGUCAACACGUACCUUCGAAACCGAUGAACGAGCUUUGGAUGACGUUUCUGCGGCCUAUUAUCAACGACCAAGGCGAGCGGGUCAAAUUGCGCCAGUACCAGAUUUGUCGACCACACAACGCCUCCUAUAGUUUGGAGAUCUCGCAGUAUCAUGGGCUGCAGAACGUAUCCGGCAAAUACGAGGUUGGUGAAACGAUCUCGUUUCCAGACGAGGGAUCUGAUGAGAUCUCCAACAUGACUCAACAUGCGUAUACAGCAUUCAUGUGGGUUAUGUGCGACCAACUGGUAGGCAAGCUAGCAUGGCUGAACGACACGAUUGUUUCGGACAAGCAAGCAGCAGCUCAGUACGGUGUCAUUGACUCGCCUAUACAGCGUACUAGUCUGCUGGGCUCUGCCGAUCUGGAUGCAUACUUUGAGUUUGACGAAGAGAAGGUGUUGUACAAAGGGCAGAACAUGUCAACGGCCUUCAAGCUCAGUGAUCAGAGGCUACAGGACAAAGCGAUGGCGAGAAACCGGACGCUGGACGUUCUCAUCGAAGAACUAAGUUUCAAUCUGACGGUCAGCAUGAUGCAUAACCGGCUAUUAACUAACAUGGCCAACACAACUGUCCAACUGACUACUGACGUAAAUCGCUACGACUACAAAGCCUUCGGGUUGUUCCUCCCCUAUGCCCUCGCCAACGUAUUCGCCAUCAUCUGCGUCAUCCUUGGCUUAACAUCGUACGUGCGCGAUGGCGCCAUGCCUGGCAAGAAGAUGCAGGACCUCCUUGGGUGCGAGUGUCGGCCCGGAUGGAGUGGAGAUGAGGAUCGCAAGUGGGGAUUCAGGAGAAGGAGGCAGCGAUGGAAGAACUAG